AUAUAUAUAUCCUGUCUGGCAUCUCUUGAUGCCUUAUAGUUUUGGUAUAUUUGUAAGAUUUUGCAGAAGCCUUUGAUUUUUGGGUUUGCAGUGAAUAAUAGUGAUAAAAGUGUGUGUUUGUGACAUUCGUAAGAAUUGAGUUUCAUCAAAAUGGCUAAUAUUGGCCCUAAGAAAGACGGCGGGCCAAACGUAGAAUAUUUCCAGUCACCGGAAUCGCUAGCACAAUUCGAUCAAAUUCGUGUUUGGUUGCAGAAAAAUUGCAAAAAGCAUGUCCAAACAGACCCAACAACAAAGGAGGGCCUGGCUCAACUGGUCAUCCAGCUCAUCCAGUACCAGGAGAACAAGCUGGGGAAGAAUGCUGCUGAUCCACCGUUUUUAAGGCUUCCAAUGAAAGUGUUCAUGGACAUGAAGCCAGGCGGCUCGCUCUGCACGGUGCUCGCCACCAUGUUCCGUUUCAAGUCGGAGCAGCGGUGGCGCAAGUUCGACUUCCAGGUCGGUAAGAACCCGUCGCGCAAGGACCUGAUCGUGCAGAUGAUGAUGGAGAUCGAGUCCGCGCUGCUGGGGGCGGAGGUGGUGCGCUCGCCCUGCGUCUUCAUUCGGCCCGAAGUCGACAAGACCACCGCCAACAAGGUCAAGGAUAUCGUCGUUAAUCAUCAGGGAGAGAUUUGCGAAGACGAAGAGGAUGCGACGCAUAUCAUCUACCCGAACGUGGAUCCGGUGGAAGAGGAGUACGCGCGGCCGGUGUUCCGGCGCGGCCCCAACGUGCUCGUGCACUGGUACUAUCUGCCCGACAGCCACGACACCUGGGCGCAGGCCGACCUGCCGGUUGACGUGCCGGAGACGGCCAACUGGGAGUGCACGCGCAGCGAGCCAUGGCGCGUGACCGCGGCGUGGGUGCUGGACCUGCCGCAGUACAACGAGUGGAUGAACGAGGAGGACUACGAGGUGGACGCUGCCGGCAAGAAGAAGGUGCACAAGCUCCGUCUGUCCGUGGAGGAGCUGAUGCCGGGCGGCGAGACGUCCAGCAAGGGCAAGAAGGGCAAGCGCAAGCGCUCACCCUCGCCGCCGCCUCAGAAACACGCCAAGAGAAAGAGCCGCGGGACGAAGAAGCGUGACAACGACGGCGACGACGAGGAGGACGCCGCGUCGCGCGACAACACCGACGUCGCGCCCACGCCCGAGCCCGAGCGCCCGCCCGAGAGAGAAACGACGGCCGCGACGCCGGCCGCGGGUGCCGCGGAGCCGCCGGCGCCGGCGCCCGAGCCGUCGCCCGCCGACGCGGCGCCCGCCACGCCCGCGCCCGCGCCCGUCGCCGACACCCACGACGACUCGCAGGGCAAGCACAGCGACUCCAACACGCAGGAAACGACGGUGAAGGAGGAACCGGAAGACAAUGUGACGGACCAGACGCACCACAUCGUGGUUCCGUCGUACUCGGCCUGGUUCGACUACAACUCCAUACACACCAUCGAGAAGCGCGCCCUGCCGGAGUUCUUCAACGGGAAGAAUAAGUCCAAGACGCCUGAGAUCUACCUCGCAUACAGGAACUUCAUGAUCGACACAUACCGGCUGAACCCCACGGAGUACUUGACCAGCACGGCGUCGCGGCGCAACCUCGCCGGCGACGUGUGCGCCAUCAUGCGCGUGCACGGCUUCCUGGAGCAGUGGGGGCUCAUCAACUACCAGCUGGAGGCGGAGUCGCGGCCGACGGCCAUGGGCCCGCCGCCCACGUCGCACUUCCACGUGCUGUCCGACACGCCGUCCGGCCUGCAGCCGCUCAACCGCGCCGCCUUGCCGAGACCAGUGGAGACCGCGGCGGUGCCGAAGACGGAGGCGGGCCUGCCGAACGGCGUGGACACGACGGCCCCGGCGGCGGCCGUCAAGGCGGAGAGCCUGCUCGAGAUGGGCGGCGCGCCGGGACUCAAGCUCGAUCAGUACCGCGGCGGAGCACGCGGUCGCGAGUGGACGGAGCAGGAGACGCUGCUGCUGCUGGAGGGGCUGGAGCUGCACCGCGACGACUGGAACCGCGUGGCCGCGCACGUGGGCACGCGCACGCACGACGAGUGCAUCCUGCACUUCCUGCGCCUGCCCAUCGAGGAGCCCUAUCUGCAGGAUGGCGCCUCCGGUGGCGUGCUAGGGCCGCUGGCGUACCAGCCGAUCCCGUUCAGCAAGCAGGGCAACCCCGUAAUGAGCACCGUGGCCUUCCUCGCGUCCGUCGUGGACCCGCGCAUCGCCUCCAAGGCCACCGGUGCCGCCAUGGCCGAGUUCGCCGCCAUCAAGGACGAGGUGCCGGCGGCCAUGAUGGAGGCGCACGUGAAGGCGGCGGAGGCGCACGGGCCGGCCGCGGCGCUGGCCGCCACCGGCAUCGCCGGCACCGCGCCCGACCUGCCGCCCUCGACCGAAAAGAAAGAAGGCGCCAGCGAUGUAAAGACGGAGGCGAUGGAGGUGGAGGAGGGCGAAGUGAAGCCCAAGGAGGAGCCCGCCGACACGCCCGCGGCCGACGAGCCCAAGGACACUAAAGAAGCGCCGCCGCCUACUCCAGAUGGCUCGAGCCCCUCGACGGUGGACGCGAAGCUGCAGUCCGCGGCCGCGGCCGCGCUGGCUGCUGCCGCCGUGAAGGCCAAGCACCUCGCCGGCGUCGAGGAACGCAAGAUCAAGUCGCUGGUCGCGCUGCUGGUUGAAACGCAGAUGAAGAAGCUCGAGAUUAAGCUGCGACACUUCGAGGAACUCGAGGCUACCAUGGAGCGCGAGCGUGAGGGUUUAGAAUACCAGAGACAACAACUGAUCCAGGAGAGGCAGCAGUUCCACCUGGAGCAGCUGAAGGCCGCAGAGUUCCGUGCACGCCACCAGGCGCAUCAAAGGAUGCAGCAGGAGGGCGGCGCGGCGACGGCGGCGGCGGCGGCGGCGGCGGCGGGCCCGGCGGCCGAGGCGCCGGCGGCCGACGCGGCGCCGCACCACGCAUAGAACCCGCCCUCCGCGGCUAUGUCCAUAGCCGCCGUGCUCUAGCCGCCCGCCUCACCUGACACCGUUCUGAACUUAGUCGUCGAAACUAUGAAAACCUGAAGUAUAUCGCCCCGACGUGCGGUCCGUUCGAUAUUAGAAAAACUCUGCAUUCGGACUGAUUCCUCAUUUAAGUACCUGCUUCCGACUGCUGAAAUUUGUCUAAUACCCGAUGGAUGUUUUAAAAUCUCGCGUGCUCUGUUGCUUCUUUUCUCUUGUGGGUGACUAAUUUCAGGAAUGUGUGAUGGAUGUAACUAUGUGAGCGUUUUACUACAUCACUGCGAGUGUAAAGCGUCCUUGACACUUAAAAUAACUUUAUAGAAGAUCUCGGGUUUAUGUAUUAUUAUAUACUUGUUAAAAAAUGGAGCCAAUUUGUAUUAAUUGUAUGUGAUCAGUGAUCACAUUUAUUUAUACAGAAAUCUCAUUUUCUGUUGUGGACAGCUAUACUUUCAUAUGCGAUCCGAAAUAAACCGCAAUUUGCAGAGUAAUGUAAAAGACUCAGGAACAGAUCAUAACCAUUAUUUGUUCUUUAGAGUCGCUGUUGUAUACGAGUCCGCUAUACCAUAGAGAAAUAAGAAGUAAGCAUAGAGUGCGAGUUAGUAUGACUCGAGUAGCGGAAUUAUCAUUACCGCUACUUGACAAGAUGUCUCGGGUGUCGCGACUGACGAAAUUUGUAUUUUUCAACAAUUUACAACUAAUAUUACAAAGAAAAGGUGUUGAAAUUAAAGUUCCGGCCAAUCCGGUUAUAAUAUUGCUGAAAAUUGUUGAGCAUUAGACUUUUUGUUCAUUGCAACAUCUAUUGUCAAGUAGCAGUACUGAUAAUUCCGCUACUCGAUGCUAGAUGUCGACUACGAUUAUAAUUAGCGUUUUGGUACCAAAACUGAUGUAUGGAGGGAGGACUCUUAUGUUUACUUCUCAUUUCUUUAUGGUUAUACUUAUACCACCAAACACCAACCUUGGCGUGACUGUGUUAUAGAAUCCUGCGACUUAUUUACAACGUCAAUACCCACGUAGUUCCACAGUGGAAUUAGAUAAUGUUUAUUGAAUAUCAAUCAAAGAUAAUAGACGGACGGACACGUAAUUAUGUGUACAUUUUUAUUAUACAACUGUUUAAUCAAACAAAAAUACAUCAACUCUCAUCGUAUAUACAAUCGUUAGUACAGCAUUUAUUUUAAAUUAUGCUCAAUAUCUUUUUUUUUACCUUAAAAGUAAUUAAUAUACUUUUUCUUAGUAUUUUACACAACCAAUGUCAACCCAUGUUAUAUGUAAUUGAUCUUUUUGGCAAACUAAGCCUAGUGCAUUUCUACAGUAAUAAGUAUUAUCAAUCAGCGUACGGUAGACCUCGCAGUGAAUAAUCUGGUAAUUAUCAAUGUGAACUGAAUAUCUAGUUUUAAUUCAAAUGUAAUUAAUUGACGAUGUAUGCUUGAUGUGUGAGUUAGUAUGACUCGAUGAAAAAUAAAUCAUUAAAAUAUUGUAAGUUAUUAUUUUAAGGAAUAGACGUAACAAAAGUUAUGGAAUAAAAACUGUCAAAUACG